CAAACCCUCUGAGAUACAGAGAGGACAGGGGAGACACAGACACGGAUCAAGGACGAGAGAGGGAUAUAUUGUAGUGACGGGAAGAGGCGUGCCAAUAAUCAAGGUUUUUGGAUGAGGGCGCGCGUCUUGGAGAACACAUGGGAAGGCACCGGAUCAAUUACGCAGCGUCACGGAGCCGCCGUGAAUGAAGAGGUGCUCCCUGAGGUGGUGGUGCUUCUGCGGAUUCCUGUUUUACCCCGUUCUGUCCUGAAUGAGCUGGGACACCGAACCUUUUGCGGGACAAAGUUAGAGGUCAGGCGGAUAUAGGACUCACAGAACGAUGGGAUCUUCCGCAAAGAUGCAAGGUCUGAGUUCCAGGGCUCACGCGUUUUCGGUGGAGGCGCUGGUCGGGAAACCCUGCAAGAGGAUGAAAGUUUCCGAGGAACAUGAGUCAAGUUCAGCUGGAGACACCGGUAGCGAUACGAGCAUCUUUAACGGCCUGAGCGAAUAUCAAGGCAGCCAGAUUAAGAAAGCAGGUUCAACACCAACGAGGAUAGAGGACGAUUCCUGUGACCCAGAGAGACACACGGUCAGAUCAUCGCCUGAGGAGUCGGAGAACAGCGGAGAGGAGAAUAAGCCGAAGGAGAGAGACUGCCGGGCGAACAGGUCAGAGGUCCGGGUGGAGCUGCAGGGCUCCGAGCUGUGGAAGAGGUUCUAUGAGAUCGGCACAGAGAUGAUCAUCACUAAAGCUGGCAGGAGAAUGUUUCCCUCUGUGCGCGUAAAAGUGCGCAACCUGGACCCGUGCCAGCAGUAUUACGUUGCAAUGGACGUGAUGCCCGUAGACUCAAAACGCUACAGGUAUGUGUACCACAGCUCGCAGUGGAUGGUGGCUGGAAACACGGAUCACUCCUGUAUCUCUCCUCGGCUCUACGUGCACCCGGACUCUCCGUGCGCAGGAGAGACGUGGAUGCGUCAGGUCAUCAGCUUCGACCGGGUCAAACUCACUAACAACGAGAUGGACGAUAAGGGACAUAUUAUUCUGCAGUCGAUGCAUAAAUACAAACCACGCGUGCACAUCAUCCGGCACGACCCCCGCAUGGACCUGUCACAGAUCCAGUCUCUGCCUUCUGAAGGAGUCCACAGCUUCUCCUUCCCAGAGACCGAGUUCACCACAGUCACAGCCUAUCAGAAUCAACAGAUCACAAAACUGAAGAUCGACAGGAACCCGUUCGCCAAGGGCUUCAGAGAUCCUGGAAGGAACAGGGGAGUGUUGGAUGGCUUGUUGGAGUCAUAUCCCUGGAGAGGCCCCCUCAACUUGGACUUCAAGCCAUUCACCAUACAGCUCCAAGGGGGCUCAGGGUCACCGACCAGCAGCAUGAAGAGUCUCCUCCCUCUCUCCUCUUCCUCGUCUCUUCACCCGUUCUCCGUCUCCACACUCUCCUGCCAGGACGCCGCUCUCCACACCCUUGCUCUUCCUCUCUACAGUAAAGCCUCCGCUGGCUCCCCGCUGCCCGGCAGAGCCUUCUCCCCCCUGGGAUCAGACAGACUGAGAGGUCUACCCCUGUUGUCUCCGCUGACAGACCUCCCGCUCCUCUCUGCGCUGCAGGCGAAGAAACCCCCCCACUGUCGGGACCCGUGUCUUCACGUCUCUCCAGUGGGGGGGUCCCACUGUCUCUUCCCCCUCCACGGCCCUCUCAGCCCUCAGGGGCCCUCUCUGCUCCCUCAUCUCUCUGACACUGCGGGCCCCUACUGUCUUUACCGCUACAGCUUCCCCCUAAACCCCCAACUCACUGCUAUUUCCAGGCACACCAAACUAGUGGAGGACACAACAGACUGUCUGCUGCGCCAGUCUCCGUGGCAUCCAACCACCAACCACUGCCUCUGACAGCUGGACCGCACUUUCAGGCUCCGGCCCAUUGAGUGUAACAAGCCAAAGCUUAUUGCAACAAAACAUUAGAGCAAGCCUCAAAGGAACAAUGAAGACAAGACGAUGCCAAAGGGGAAUGUUUUGUAUUUAAAACUGUUUUAUUUGCUGUGUUGGAUUUCCCAGCACAAAAAACUGUUCCUGACACAGAUCAUGUGCUGCUGUUCUUAACUAUGCACACUCAGCUAGAGCCAAACAGCCCAGUAUUGGAGUAAACAGAGAAGCAGACGGGAUGUUGAUUUUUAUUUGGGACUGAGUGCAUUUUCUUUACCGCAGGGCAGAGGCUCUUCUCUUCUCUCACUUCUUCAAUGUGUAAUUGUUUUACCAAAGAGCAUCAGCAAUAGGACUAGAGGUAUGUAAUAUAAAAUCAAUGAACAUGACAGUGAUUGUUAACUAUGAGGGCCCAUUAAAACAUUUUUCACUCUUUUUGUUCAGAUCACACCAGCCUUCAGAAUUUAUUUUCUGGUACUUAAACAAAAUGAAAGAGGAAACUUGUCCAUGUUUUCCAGAUGUAUACACAUUGAUACAAAGCACAUUUCAAAGUUUAACAAAGAAUCAUGUGCUAAUGUGCAACAGGAGAUAUCAGUAUCAAAUAAGCAAAGGUCUUCUUCCUCCUGAUAGGACGGCCAUUUUGGUGCAAUUACUCCAUGUUAAACAAAAGCUUGUUUUGAGUUUUGGAGUUCUAAAGUGAGCUGAAUCUCAGUCAGGCUAAUCCACCCCGGACUAAUAACAUGAGCUAAUCAGUUCUCUCUGUGAUUUUAGGGCACGAUCAGCAGCUGCCAGGAUUGAGCUAGUUUCCUUUCCAGGACUUUAUUUCUAAUAACAGGACUAAUCAG